CAUGGCAACACCACAGCCCAGUCGUUGGUGGCAUUGAGAGACGGGGAAUAUACGCUGCACUCCCGCAAUUUGAGGCCCGUCUCUUGCAUUAGCCACUGCUUUGGAGAAGCAAAGCCCAACAACACCCAAUCCUUCCUCAAACAAUGCGCAGCCUGUUUCCUUCGUAAACUGAGUGUGAUCUGUGUCUUCCCCCUUUCGCAUCCAACGUCGUGGGCCACCAAGUAACCGGCGGGCACGCAAAAGCUUGAGAUCCGUGCCGCACGCCAGUACUUCACGAUGUGACAAGCUCGUCAGCUCCGACCAAGCCAACACACCUUUCGAAAAUCGCCGACAGCAUCGCCGUCCCCAAAACAAACACGACAGCCACGACAGCCCGGCAGCGCCCUCAACGUCUUUUUCAAAGUGCACAUUAGCAUCAACUUUGUCAUCGCACAUUCAAACUAAUGUCGCGUCCUAGUACAGUCGCUGCCCGAUGCGCUGCGCUAGGAACUUCGAUCGCCCAGGUCAUCCCGGAUAUCAGCAGCUUCGCACGCAAACACCGCGAUGCGCGUCACGACCUAAACAAGAUCAAUAGCGAUCUGCUUGUGAUCAAGACUGGACUGAGUGUUGCGCAAGACGACUUUUCGGCAAGGUGGGCCGAGCUACCGGCGUCUCUUAUUGAUGCUGUUUCACGCGUGCUGGACUCAUGUGACGACACCAGUGAGCGAUUGCACAAGGCCUUUCUCAAGCUCUCUUAUGGUAGUAAACCGAAAGAGGACUGGCGUGCGCUGAAGGACGGAUCUUUGGUGAAUCUACGGCAUGAUCUUGACGCUUCGAAGGUGGUGCUAGAGUUAUGUCUGGACUAUGUCGCACUGUUCUGUCAACAGGACACUCUAGAUUCUUUACUUCAAAAUUAUGUCAGCAACCUCAUCACGCAAAGUGAUGAAUUGCUAAAGAGGACGGACACAGACGAGAUUUAUGUGAACCAAACAGCACGCGACAAACUAUCUUCAUUACUACAGGCUGUCCGUCUGCUCCGAUCAUGUAUCACAGCUAUUUCGCGGGAAGGGACACCGUCGGCAUCACAACUAGCAAAGAGGACUACUCUUCCACGUCCAGAUUCUCUAGAGCCAGCCCUUGGCGAGGAGCCUCGAAGCGGCAGGAAGAGCCCUCACGAACAAGCUUCAACACGAAACAGCGCUAACGACGGCAUCGGCACAUGGCUCGCCAACGUUCCGUCCUUUGAAGACGCGCAGACCCUCUCUUAUUCUGCACUCGAACAAACAUCUGUUCCAAGGCGACUUCUGAUACCGCCAUCCCGGGAUGACAUCACCCCAUCGCGUGGUACAUUUUACACCGAUGAUGGUGCGGCAUCAAGUCCCACGCUGGUACCACCAGAGUCCCGACUCAAGAAGUCAUACAGCUGGUGUACUGAUCUCUCAGGGAAGGCGAGCACUCGGUUACAACUUGCGUCCCGACACGCAUCGAAACAAGCAUCAAAAUAUACAUCAACGCUGUCCAGCUCAGACGUCUCCAUCUUCCAGAAGAAGAUCACCUCGGACCGGAUAGCUGUGACGAAGGGCAAACGAAAAGAGCUGGAGCCAAACCAAAGGGCGGCGGUUGAUCGAAUUCUGGCAAACAUACCAGCGGAAGCGACAGCUGCCGAAGUGGAGAGGGUGAUAUGGGAAGGCGCAAACCCGAUGGCGACGCAUCCAGAGUUUGGGUACUUCUUCAUUCGAGUAGCGUACGAAAUGUCGCCAGAUAUCCUCACCCUUCUCUUGGAUUUUGGGGCUGACAUCACUCGUGUCAAUCCGGCACCAUCAUCGUACUACUCGGCAAUGCAUGCCGCUACAUUGGGACGACAGCUUCAGACUGUUCGUUACCUUGCUUCUUUGGGUCACUCGAUCGACAACCCUGACCAUGAUGGAGAAACGCCUCUCCAUCUCGCUUGCAGGACGCCUGGCGCGUCUGCGAUAGCAAAGUACCUUGUUGAAGCUGGUGUGGACGUGAACUUUGAGGCGAAGAACGGACGUACACCGCUACAGUCCGCCCUCAAAGCGGUCAGGCUCGAGGGCAAGGAGAGAAGCAUGCUGAUUGAGCUCCUGCAGACACAUGGGGCUGAGGGUGAAGUGAAGAGGGAUUUGGACUGUGGGAGGGGUAACGAGAAGGGAAGACAUGUGCUUGGAUUAACAUGAACUUCCAGGUUGAUCAGGACAAAAUGAAAGUUCCUUUGUUUCUGCUUCCGGCGGCGACGAUUACUUCUCUCAUUCUUGGGCCUCGCGCCAUAUCUGAUAUACUAGGAUGGUCAUUUGGCUCCGCUUUGUACCCGCAGGGUCUCUUCAGGCGUUGUUAUAAUACGGUGGUCAACUGAGAAUGGCGAAAUCGGAAAAGAUACCCAAAUUAUUG